GGCGGCCAGGCGCCGCUAUGGCUCCCCUCAGGUGCCGGCGCAGGGCCCGCCAAGCCCGCGUCCGCUGUUACGGCGCCGACGCCAUCUGCCGCUGGGGCGGGGCGUGCACCGCUUCCCGCCUUUCCCGUCUCCUCCGUUAGCGGCUGCGGGCACGGCGUCCCCUGGGCAGCGGCUUCCCGGCGGCACAGCAUGGCCGGGGGCGCUCCGGGGCCGCCGGUGAAGGUGCUGGCCGCCCAGCUGCGGGGCGCGGUGCGGGGCGCCGGUGGGACGUGGCAGUUGGUCCGGGCGGAGGCGGGCCGGGCCCCGCUGUGCCUGCGGGCCGUGUGGAUGCAGGGCACCGUGCUGGAGGUGGAGCGCGGCGGCCCCCGCGGCGGCUCGGCCCGGCUGCAGGAUGGCAGCGGCCCCUUCACCGUGCUGGGGGUGGAGGAGGUGCCCAAGGGGCGGCCCUGCCUCAGCCCAGGGAAGUAUGUAAUGGUGAUGGGUAUAGUGCGGUCCUGCAGUCCUGAGCCUGUUCUUCGAGCAAUAAAGAUGACAGAUCUUUCUGAAAACCCCGUGCACAAGGAUAUGUGGAGCCUUGAAGUGGAGGAUUUGCACAGAGUCAUCCCCUAGAUAUUUUUCUUCUGCCUAAAAUAACUGGAAAUGUAUUUUUUUUGUUCUCUUUUUCCUCUCUGCUGGAGAACAUUGAGACAUUCUGUGUAUUUGCAGUUUCAGAUAAAGACCAGUUACUCUCUUGGAGUAAACCGAGGUGAGAAGUCAAGCUCAGAAUUAAGUGGAGGAAUCAGUGAAUAUCUGAUAAUAAUCACAGUGUACAUCUCUUUCACAGUCUCUUUUUAUACCAGCAGUUUUGAGAAACACUUGAUGUACUGAGUAACAUGUCUGUGCUAUUAAAAUUACUGCAUUUCUACAUAUAUUAGUUGCUGUUUCUAGGCCCAUGUCUAGAUAGUCGUUCCUGUAGCGGUGUAUUCUUGGCAGCAAGGGCUGAACAAAGCUCAUGUUACCAGGUGAAUUCAAUACAUGGAAUGAAGGUAAAAUGCCUUUCAGUCCAUCUAGGUUGGGUUUGGAAAGAACAUCUUCACCUGUGUUUUCUCUUUCAGUAAUAACCAUGUCAGCAAAUUCUACUUGUAAGACAGAUGUCUCUUUCUAACUGUAAAAGCAGAGUCUUGUACUUAAAUGCCUUUCUGGUUUCUGUGUUUCUGAAAGUGGUACAGUGAUAUCCCUGUGUUCCAGGAAAGUGAGAUUAGCUGAAAAGGUGUGAUGCAGGAUUCCUUGGAGUAGGUUCUCUGGCUUCAAGAUGCAAAUACUCUUACUACCUCAUGAAACAAGCUUGCUGAGCCUAAGUGUAUUUUUCUCUUUACACGUUUCCUUUUUUGUUCCAAGCUAUGCUAUUUUUAGUUGUUUACAUCAUUCUUAAAUAUACUUUAAUCUUUUUUUCCUCCUCCUGUGGAAAAAAAAAAACCCACCACCAAGCAAACCCCAUAGAAACGAUGAAAUUGGAUAAAGAAAAACCUUUAAAAAUCAGAGCUAUUGCUACUCUUUAUUUUCCCUCUUGUCUGAAGACAAUUUGAGUCCUAAAGAAAGCAUUGCAUUAUCUAUCUGGUAUGGCUUCGUAGUUUGGGACUGUAUUGUCCAGCAGUAGUUACGUUACUCAGGAACGCGUAUAGGAAAGGAAGAUGUGCUCUGAUUGUACUCUGAACAAUUGAAGAUGAGAAUCCAAUGGUGGUAACUAAAUUUUAAAAUUGGGGGAUUAUGUUUUCAAAGUGCAUGGAAAUGAAAUACUGUGUUCUCAGUAGAUCUUUAAAUGAGACCUUUACAGAUGAAGGACUGGCUUUCAGAGUGCAAUUCCAGCCUCAAGUUCAGUAUUUCAAACCAGGCCACAUCACAAGCACUUGCAUAAUGGACAUCCUGUGCUCUGAGACCCUGCUGACAAAAUGCCAAAACAUACAAACAUACAGAAUUUUGGCAGUCUGGGUUUAUUUAUUGUUUUUAAUGCUGGGGAAAAAAACCCCAAACAAACCACUUGUGGAAUGCUGUAUCCUUUCAGGAAUGAUCCAUGUGGUCAGCAUAUUGGCUGGCAACUUUUUACCUAGCAAUAGAUACUUUUCCGUCUGAAUGCUGCUUUUGUCAGGAACCUGAAGCACAUUCCAUGUAAAUUCACCUUGCCAUGCUUUCUAACUAGGCAGUGAAACCAUGAAAAUAAAGAGCUAAAAGGUC